AGUUUAAAACUAAAACAAGAAGUUGAAGCUGGCGGAACUGUGGUGCAGGGUCCCCACCCCGAGGGUCCCCACCCCGAGGGUCCCCACCCCGAGGGUCCUCACCCCGAGGGUCCCCACCCCGAGGGUCCCCACCCCGAGGGUCCCCACCCCGAGGGUCCCUACCCCGAGUGUCCCCACCCCGAGGGUCCCCACCCCGAGGGUCCCCACCCCGAGGGUCCCCACCCCGAGGGUCCCCACCCCGAGGGUCCUCACCUGGAGGGUCCUCACCCCGAGUGUCCCCACGUUGAUGGUCCCCACUCUCUAGUUUCCCCAUUCCGAAUGUCCCCACCUUACCCUGAUGGUCCCCACCCCGGGGUCCUUACCCUGAUGGUCCCCACCCCGGGGUCCUUACCCUGA